AUGAGCAGCGCCGUUCGAAGCACGACCGUCAAAGCCGCAUCGAGCGUUCUCAAAGCGCGUCGCUCCUCUUCUCCACUCUUAGACGACCUCCCGACGCGUCCACAUAAACGUGCGCGCAAACACAAGGCAGAAGAAGUUGCCGAGGAGAGUCAAGUCACGCUCGUUGCAAACGAAGUCUCGUCUCUUGCCAUUGAAAGUCAGAAUACACUCGUAGAGGAAACAACGACGACGAAAACCGUUGCCAAAAAGCCCAGAAAGAAAACCGCUCUUGUCGAACCGUCUCCUGCCGACUUUCCAACACGACCGACCUGCGAAUGGAAGAUUGGAGCUCAUAUCUCCGCCGCUGGUGGCAUCCAGCAGGCCAUUCCGAAUGCAGCAAAGAUUGGUGCGGACUCAUUCGCUCUGUUCCUCAAGAAUCAAAGGCAAUGGGCAUCUAAACCGCUGGAACCAAGCUCCAUCACGGCCUUUAAGGCGCGUAUGGCGACAUUCGGUUACGACUACGGGCAUAUUCUCCCACAUGGUAGCUACCUCGUCAACAUUGGCAACCCAGACAAGGAGAAGCGCGAAAAAUCAUACGAGUGCUUCCUCGACGAUCUACAGCGAUGCGAGCAAUUAGGUAUUGGGCUCUACAACUUCCAUCCGGGAUCGACUGUUGGAGAAUGUACCAUCGAGGAAUCCAUAACGCAUGUAGCAGAGAGUUUGAACCGUGCUCACGAAGCAACCUCUAGUGUCGUCACUGUGGUCGAGAAUAUGGCGGGCAGUGGAAAUGUGCUUGGUUGCAAUUUCGAUCAGCUUGCUCAGAUCAUUGCCCAAGUUCGUGAUAAGACACGAGUUGGAAUCUGCCUGGAUACUUGUCAUUUAUUUGCUUCUGGUUAUGAUAUUCGGACAAGAGAGGUGUACGAUGAAACGAUGAACGAGUUUGGAAGGCGUGUCGGAUUCCAAUACCUUCGCGGCCUUCACCUCAACGACUCCAAGACACCACUCAACUCAAAAAAAGAUAGGCAUGAAAACAUUGGAAUUGGUCAUAUUGGCUUGAGAGCCUUUGGGUUCAUGAUGCGCGAUGAGCGCCUUAAAGGAAUCCCCAUGGUCCUCGAGACGCCUCUUGAAGAGGUUUGGGCAAAGGAGAUUGAAGUCCUCCAACGGAUUGCGGAUACCUCUAUCCCUGAAGACGAACUCGACUUUGACGCAAUGAGAGCAGAGAUCGAAGCCGAGGUCAAAAAGUAUGCCAAAGAACCUGCAAAGAAGGAAAAGAAGGAAAAGAAGGAGAAGCCAGCUGGGAAAGGAAAAGGGAAAGGAAAAAAGCCAAAAAAGGACGAAGACGAGGAAAGCGCUCUUAGCGACGACGACUAA